ACAGAACUGCCUCUGUUAAGUGCCGCAUAACACAGAUGUCAAGGGUAAUUCAGAACAUUAGCCACAAAGGGCAUGUGCUGGUUGUGACAGACAUUUGAGGAAACACUUCCCACAUGGUCCCCUGGUUUUCUUAUUGGUGUAAUCUGUCUGAAGAGGCUGGCUCUCCAGCAAGUCAGGAUGUAUGUGUGUUUACAAGAGUGUAUUUAUAUCAAAGGAAACAAAACCCCCAUGUGAGAUGAGAUGGUUUUCAUUCUAAGAAGAGCCUGGAGGGUUUGUUUGUCAGGCACAAGGAAGUCUCGGAUACUUUUCCUGAUUCUCCAAAUAACAAUAACAACAUAAACUUCCAAGAAACACAGGAAGAAUUCUCAGUAUAAGGAAUUGAAAUGGACUGCAGCUUGGCUUCUUCUAAUGGAUGAAACUUGUAGAGAUGGAAACUAAACUCUAUGAACAGAAGAAGACAUGGCCUCAUUCCACACCUGACAUAACUGCCAUUUCCCCUGAGACAUCUAAGAUAAAGGAUGAAACAAAAAGGAAAAUUCAGUGCUAUACACAGGAAACUAAUUCAAGUUCUUCCUGUAUGUCUCGUUUGAUAUACUGUGAGACACCUUUAGGACUUAGCAUGGUUGCUGAUCAGUGCUCUAUUGAUGAACAUCACGAGGAAAACCAACUGGAUGAAGAAUUAAUGGAUGCCUCAGACUACAACACAACAGAUAAUCCAAAUAAGCCUUCCCAGCCUUUUUCUAGUACACAUUCAGAUAAGAAAACAUGCAGCACUCAUGAAACCAGUCUCUUGAAACUUAAGCAAAAAGCUAUCACUUGUUCAGAUUUUAAAUGCUCAUCUCACAGGACUAUACCUAAUUUUCAGUUUGGUGAGGCAGCAGAUUUAGAAGCGCCUUCAUCAGAGGAGGAUUACGAUGUUUUCACGGAGCUGCCAAUGAGUGAGGAAGUUUUGGUAAACCUGCACAAAAUGUACAUUUCUGAAAAAAAACAAGGCCAGAUUACUAAUACAGAUGUCUUCCCUGUAAUGGCUGACAACAAUCAUGAGAAGAAAUGGAAUGAACACAAAACACCUUUGCAGAUGCUGUCUCAGAAGCUGAACAGAGAAAGAGCAGGGCCAGAUGUUUCCAAACAAACACAUCCUCUGGCGUCCUGA